AUGUUAGCAGCAACUGCUGUAAAUACUGCUGUAUUUUCAACUUUACUCUUCAAUCGCAAUUUUCUUCAAAGGUCAGCUAAAUUAUUGGUCAAUCAAAACAACUUGAAGAUUGCAAGUGUUAGAAAUUUAGUUGCUGAAAGUCCUGCAAAAAAUUUAGAACAUGAUAAGCUUUUUAAACGAAUUGAUUUGGAAUUGAGAGGCCAUGAUCCUGAAGUUCUUUCUUCGUAUACUACGUUUGUUAGCAAUGUCUGCGAUCAUUUGGAAAUAGAAAAAUCUCAAGUAACAGAAACUCCACAUCUUAAAUGGCUUUUAACAACAUUAAGAGAUAAAUUUGCAAAAAAGAAAUAUAAAGUUCAAUAUGAAGUACGGACAUAUAUUCGAUUUAUGCAUGUCAAAUAUUUAACUGGAAGUACUGCAAGUACAUUUCUUGAAUAUAUUGAAAGAAAUAUUCCUGAAGGAGUGGCCAUGAAAGUUACAUAUACAGAAAUUUGUAAUUUACCAAAGACGAUUACUUCAAAUUCAACAAAUUCUUCUCCUCAAUCUUUACAAUAA